AUGAGAAUUAUUUGUGUUGCUUUAAUUGCUUUACUUGCAAUAUCUGCUGUCAAUGCUUAAGAUAAUGAGUUUAUUUAGUGUGUAGGGAAAUCUAUAGCUUAAAUGAGGUGUACAGAUAAUUAAGAUACAGCCUGUAAUAAUAAAUUUAAUGAAAUCUCAGAAUGUUUUACUGGUUGCCAUACUACUUUUCCUACUUAAUAUUUUGAAUAAGGGCAAUGCGUUAAUCAAAAAUGUACUUCCGACAAAUAAGAGUUCAAAACUGGUUUAUCUGAUUUAAUUAAAUGCUACUCUAAAUUCUCUCCCACUGGAAAUAAAGAUGAAGGUGCAAAUAAGGACGACCAAAAAGACUAAAAGGGAGAUAAUAGCUCUUAGGAUCAAAAAGAUCAAAAUGGCAAAACAGCUAAAGCUGAACAAGGUGCUAUUUCUGGCGGAAACUCAUUAGUUUUUGCACUCACUUUAACUGUUUUUGCUUUAUUAAAUUGA